AUGCGAUCUGCAGCAGGACUUUUCUACGCGGCAGUCUUUGCCUUUUCAAAUUUGGCCAGCGCAAGCAGCCAUGGCUCAACAGGGCUGGACAAAUGCGCGAUCGACCCGACAGCAAUGGUCUCCGACGCGUGUGUCUCUUACGGCACGAUCAACAAACUCAACGACGAAGUUUACACCCUCCUUCAAUCAAUCACCCUCGAAACCGACUUCUUCUCCUACUACCGCUUGAACCUCUUCAAUAAAGAAUGCCCCUUCUGGUCAGACUCGAACAGCAUGUGCGGCAACAUCGCAUGCUCCGUGAAUACCAUCGAAUCCGAAGAAGACAUCCCUCUCGUGUGGCGGUCGGAAGAGUUGAGCAAGCUUGAAGGUCCCAAGGCCAACCACCCGCCUCGCAAGGUCCAGGCAGAGCGCCCGAAGGAGCGCCCGCUCCAGGGUAUGCUGGGUGAAGGUGUUGGAGAGAGUUGUGUGGUCGAGUACGACGACGAAUGUGACGACCGGGAUUACUGUGUGCCCGAGGACCAGGGCUCUGCCGGCAAGGGCGACUAUGUAAGCUUGGUUGACAACCCCGAGCGAUUCACCGGAUACGCUGGAGAAGGUGCGCACCAAGUGUGGGAUGCGAUCUACCGCGAGAACUGCUUCAUGAAGCCCAUGGCCGAGGAGCUGGAGGAGCAGUCGCUCAAUGUCCCUCUGGGUGGUCUGCAGGCUGUCUCCGAUUUCCGAAACGUCCUGCAAAAGGAAUCGCAACGGCUGGAUGGAUUGCCCUUGGAUAAUGAGUGCUUGGAGAAGCGGGUCUUCCACCGGCUCAUCAGUGGAAUGCACGCCUCCAUCUCCACGCAUCUCUGCUGGGACUACCUCAACCAGACUACGGGCGAGUGGCACCCCAACAUGCAGUGCUACAAGGAGCGGCUGCACGAUCAUCCCGAGCGCAUCUCCAACAUGUACUUCAACUACGCUCUUGUUUCGCGGGCCGUCGCUAAGCUGCGCAAGCACCUGGAGGGCUACACAUUCUGUACCAGCGAGCCUGAACAGGAUAUUGAGACCAAGCAGCGAAUCAACCAACUCACCGAGGUCCUCUCGCGGCCGCCGCAAAUCUUCGACGAGAACCUCAUGUUCCAGGACCCUAGCACCCAAGGCCUGAAGGAGGACUUCCGCAACCGCUUCCGCAACGUCAGCCGGCUGAUGGACUGCGUUGGAUGUGACAAGUGCCGACUUUGGGGCAAGCUGCAAGUCAACGGAUACGGGACUGCCCUCAAGGUGCUAUUCGAGUAUGAUGAGACCAAGAACGGAGAGAACCCGCAGCUGCGUCGUACUGAGCUGGUAGCUCUCAUCAACACUCUCGGCCGCAUCUCGCACAGUAUCGCUGCGGCACGGAGCUUCCACGAAGCUCUGGAAGCAGGUCAAGAGAAUGCAUUCCCGCUUCGACACUCUGCGCCCUCGACUCAUAAUCACGCCGAGGCCAAGGAUGAAAAUAAACAGCCGCGAAAGUUGUUCCACGACGGUACUGGACAAUUCUACUAUGAGAAUGACGAGGGGAGCUAUAUUUAUGGACGAGAGAAAGUGGAUCGCUUGCCUUGGCAACGUCCUCCCCGCAAGCCGGACGCAUCUGCCUAUGACGAUCUCAAGACAGAAUUUGAUAUGGUCUGGGACGUGACUGCAUAUGUCCUGCGGAGCUGGCUGGAUAUUCCUCGGACAGUAAUCGAAAUUACCAUGUGGGAAGGACAACGACUUUGGGCCUUCUGGCUGGGCCUGCCCGUGCCUCCUCGUCCCUGGAAGAUCCAGACUCCACCGUCCGAAGGAACUCGACGACCUCCUGCCAAGGCUCACAGCGAACUGUGA